CCUCCCGCCAUGCCAUGGUGUGUGGAGUGUGAGGACGUCGGGGCGUCGGUGAGAUGCGAGGAAUGCGGCGACGAGCUGUGCGGGCUCUGCUUCCAAUGGCAGCACAGAUCGGGCAAGAGAGCCAAGCACUCGCCCACCCCCCUCCCCGGCAUGCAGAUGUUCCGAGAGCGAGUGGAGGGUACCACAGCCCAUUUCAUGCAGCUGCACAAAGGCAGUGGUGGAGCAGCAGAUGAGAAGGAAGCUCCUUUGGUCGGGGACGAGGAGAUGGCUGACAACAAGGAGGGAGCUGGUAGGGGAAAGAGCGAGGAGGACAGCGGCUCUGUGGAGUCAAAGGCCAUGAGGUCUGCCAUUGCCGAUCGCCUCAUAGAAUCUUCAAAGUAUAUCCCCUUACGUGUGUCCGGGGAGGAGAGGACGCUGCUCAAGCUGCUGGAGGGAGCUCUUGAGGUAUCGGAGUAUACCGACAAGGUGGACGUCGUGAGAGGUUGGAGCUUCCGCAACACGAAGGCAGAUGUCAUCCGGGAGGAGAUUGCCGACCUCCUUCAACUCCUUCUUGGACUCAUCGUAGCUGGUAACCCAACCAAGGGCAGUGAGAUCGUUAAGAACAAGCAGAUCUCGCAGAACGAGGAGUUCUUUCAGCGUGUGCUGGAGAUCGGAAGGCGGUUCAAGAUCACCAACCCUGAGAAGAUGCGGUGCACGUAUGGGAAGCUGAUCUAUCUCAUGCAGGACGCUCCUUCAGCCAUCGACCUCGAUGUGGCGGCUGAUAUCCACACCGUCUACAAUUUUCUGGAGGCUCGAGAUGCUCUGGAGGUCCUCGCAGACGAAGACAUCGGGACGGCGAUCAUGGCUGUAUCGUCCUCUGAAGGAGGCGUGCAGCGGUCCCGUGCUGAGUUGGAAGCGGAUUCAUCGAACAAGCAGAAAGCGAUAAGGUCGAUUUCUGAACGUUACGCCAACGACAAGAUAUCCAAGGAAGAAAUUGAGUAUUGCCUCUUCUCCAUGGGAGAUUUUCACGCUUAUCUUGAGACAAACCGCCGUCCGGUUGAUGAAAUGAUAGCCCUUCUCACAGCAAACUUCGAUCCGAACAAGGCUGAAAAUCCUUAUUCCCUUGAGAUCUGUUCGGGCUCGAAGCUCUCUCACACUCAUUCUACUCAGUACACCUUUGUCUUGCAAUCUUUGCAGCUUUGGAGACAUGUCACCCAAGAGAUGUUCAGACUCUGGAUCCUUGCAGAGAAAGAUCUUCUCAACCCGGAUAACCAGUACCGUCUCAUGAACACAGGGCAGCAGGGGAUGAAUCGAGUCCAGAGCGCACCGAAAAUUGCGCACGCCAUGCAUGCUAUCCUCUCUAAGGUCCAGUCGAAGUGUGGAAGUUGGGUUGGUCUCUCUGUGGUCCAUCUGGGAGAUCGAGAUGUGCCCAACGCGCUCGUUUUCAUCGACAAGUACACGCAGAUUGCAAGGUUGCUCGGGCCCAUCGUUCACACCGUCCGGUCACUUCCAAGACUGGCGAAGGACCCUGCGACGAGCAAGAUCGUGAACGAGGAGUUCGGAGGGCCUGAUGUCAUCAGAAGGACUAUCCUCGCCGACUUCUUCAAGCAUGGCUUCGAUGGGUCGGGCAGCGACGGAGGCUCCUGCAUCGACGGACGUCUGACGAGCGCAUGGAACUGGUGCAGCAAGUUGGAGAAGAAGAGCUACUACCCGAUCUUCCUCCUCGCUGGUUUCCAGGGUUUUGAUGGAGAUUUUCGGAAAUGAAUUUAGAAACUCGG